GCGAUAGAAGAGGUGUAGUGCUAUAUAGGUCCUCCCACCCUCCUCCUUCCCAUUUCUCUCUACUGGUUGUAAUCUAAGCAUUAAAACUAUGUUAAGUCGUUGAUAUGUGCAAGUGUAUCGCACCAGCGCGUGCCGCGUAUUUGUUGUUUACAGUGGUAGAGGAAUAUUUAGUUGAACUCUAGUGCUGAUUAAGUUGGCUGUUGUAUAUAGCGAGAGGUUUAGUCGUUUGUACUUAUUAAACUGUUGUAGUUCGUGAAUAAACAAGAGGUAGAGCACUUUAGGACAUAACUUCCAUCGAGAGGAGCAAAGAUUUUUUUUCCAGCUCUAUAUAGAGUGUUUUGAUGAGACCUUGAAAUAAAUCUCUCUAAAUAAUGGCCACAGUCUUACCUGAUGUGACUAGCUGUGGUAGCAGACCACAUGUGAGCCCGUGUCAUAUUAAGGAUUACAGCAAUGGACCAAGAUGUCUCAAAUGCACAGACAAUUGCCCGGGCCUAGACCUGCAUUACUUUAGAAAAAUAUGCAAGAACUGUCGAUGCCUGGCAGAGGACCACGACAUGCCAUCUUGUCAACAGAGAGAUUAUCGACCAAUGAGCAUGCUCUUUCAGUCCUGCGAGCUAUCGCCAGCGUUACCGGAAAUAAAACCUGAUUGGACCAACAAGUUUCAGCAAUUGUCGAUAGCAGACCCCGCAGACUUCAGCCAAUUAAAAGCGCCCCACAAUGACGUCGUCAUGACAAAACUCAUCAGUGAAAAUGUGAGAUCUCAAAAGUUCAUUUCCAUGUUGCCUGAAGACAAACAGGAGUUUGCUUCUCAGCUCCGUAGAAAGCAGCUUCAGAGGCAACUUCCUCUUCACGACCUCGAUCCUCGCUUCUGCAACAGUCUGGCCACGUCGGAGCUGAUCAAGUACGACAAGUUCGCUGAAAGAAGGCGAAAGAAAGCUGCAGGCAUUGGUCAGAUUGGAGAGGUCACAUCAUCCGGGUCUAUUGUGGGCUGCCAGAACUGCCAACAGAGGAUGGAGACAGGCGGUCCGGCCGUCAUAGCCAGCAGAGUUCCAGGGGAGUGCUGGCACCCUGGCUGCUUCGUUUGCUACACGUGCCGACAACUGCUGGUCGACAUGAUCUACUUCAGUAAGAAAGGGAAGAUCUACUGUGAGAGGCACUACGCUGACCUUUUAUAUCCUCGCUGUUCGGCGUGUGAUGAGAUUAUAUUUUCCCGUGAGUACACCCAAGCUGAAGGUCGAUCUUGGCACGUGCAGCAUUUCUGCUGUUGGUACUGUGACGCGGCUCUGGCUGGACAGCGGUACAUAGCCAAGGACAACAACCCAUAUUGCGUCAGCUGCUUUGAUAAACUCUUUAGCAAGAUCUGCAACACCUGUCAGAGACCAAUCACUGCUGAUGCACCUGGAGUGACUCACGGAGAACUACACUGGCACGCGUGUCCACACUGCUUUAGCUGUCAUUCCUGUGGACGAAAUUUGUUAAAUCAACAAUUCCUACUAAAGGACAACAAACUAUUUUGUGGCAUCAACUGCCGACACUUAUCUGGCCCAUCCUGUUUCACGGCGUCCAUUGCCAGACAGUUUACUCAGUGACCUUCAUAACUAUUCAUCAGAAGAUUUUAAUUUAUUGAUUCUUAAAAACUUUCUUUUCUUCCACUUUUAGCAUCAUGGACAGUAGUUGUAGAUAAUACUUUUUUAGGAUAAAUAUUUUAUAAACGAUUUGAAAGCAGCUUAUAUCUUGACCAAAUUAUAUGGACCUAAAUGAAACCGGCUAAGACCCGAUGUAGAUAUUACUAUACUGUGUGUGGUUUUAUUAUUGAUAAAGAAAUGCCAUUGCAAAAAAAAAAUUGUUUGAUUAGAUAAAGGUGGAGACGUUCUAAUUGAAGAUAAGUUCUGCCCACGCGAAUCUAUGUGUUCAACAGUUGUUCCUAUAAAUUGAAAAUUUACUUUUUUGUUACAUUACGUGUCGGGAAAGCUUUCUUAAAAAUGUUUUAGGCCUACACAAUAUGAGUUAAUGUAUAAACGUAUGCCUGUCUUUCUACGAGUUUAUUUUUUAGCAUUUUUGUAUUACCGGUAUGUUGAGAAUUUGGCAGCAAAAGGUGUUUUAGUUCUCACUGAAAAUUUGAAGCUUUGAAACAAAAAUUUAGUCUUGUUUGACAAAUUUCGGACGUUCCUUUAAAAAAAAAAAUAUGACGUCCUAGUCAAACGUCCUGCAGGACGUCAUGUUUUAAAAAUCAGACAGGAUAGAACUGGGAAACGUCGUGACAGCAGUCCGUAGCGCCGCCCACACGUCUAGGAUCUAUUGUUAAAUCAACUGGGCCAAACAAUCAUCAGACCAGUAACCUUGAACUGUGAACUUUGAACAGAUCAAUCGGCUAUCAUUAAAAAUUUAUGAUAAUACAUUUUUCACACUGCUAUGAAACAAACAAAACAGAUCAAAACUAGAUCACAAUGUGUAUUUAGACUUCACUUGGUUGUAUGCAAGAUGAAUAUAUUAUCUUUUAGUUACGAUUAUUAUUUUUUUUUAGAAUUUUUGUUUAAACAUAUUGCUUUUCUAACUGCAGAACUAUUUCGAUUUUUUUUUACUUCUGUCAAUAACAUGUUUAGUAUAAACAAUAGUUUUAAAUUUACUUUGAGACAUGAGAUAGCAGUCUUGUAAAUAUUUUAUACUUUAUACAACUAAGCUUUUUAUUUUUUUUUUCGUUUAUUUUUUUUGGCUUCAUUUCCAAGUCUCACAUUUCUUUUUGGCUUAUCAAAUUUUUUAAACAUGAAAAAGAAAUGAAAUAAAUUUUGUUUUCUAUAAACACUG